UGGAAAGGGGAGGCGUGGUGGCUCCUGCCUGCGCCUGGAGCGCUAGAUUCUGGCUUCAACAAGCCGGAGAUCGCCGCAAAUACGAGCCGAACCACGGCGGAAGGCAGAAUCGACCUCCCGGCUGAGAGCUGCUAGGGAAGCUGCUGAUCCGAGGCAGGGCAGGCGGGACGGGAGGCGACCCGGGCUGCUGGCGGAAGCUGCCCACGGCAAGUCCGGGCUCUCGCUUCCAUCUGGGCUCCCUCGCCCCGCAAAGCCCGCCCGGGGGUGGGCGAGGGGAUGGCGGGCUGCGCGUAGGAGGGUCUGAUCGGCUGCGCGGGGCCAUGCGGCGCCCCGGCUGAUGCUGCCUCCCUGGGGCGGCCGCCUGCUCGCCAUGAAGCGGCAGAACCUCCGCACGGUCUCGCUGAUCGUCUGCGUUUUCUCCUAUUUGCUGGUGGGUGCCGCCGUCUUCGAUGCGCUCGAAUCCGAGGCCGAGAUCGGCCACAAGCGCCUCCUGGAGCAGAAGCGCAGCGACCUCCGAAGGAAGUACCGCUUCUCGGCGGAAGACUACCGGGAGUUUGAGCGACUGGUCCUGCGGGCCGAGCCCGAGCCUCAUAGAGCCGGCCGUCAGUGGAGGUUCGCCGGCUCGUUUUACUUUGCCAUCACGGUAAUCACCACCAUCGGUUAUGGGCAUGCAGCUCCUGGGACAGAUGCUGGCAAAGUGUUUUGCAUGUUCUAUGCAAUCCUUGGUAUCCCACUCACACUGGUUAUGUUCCAGAGCCUUGGGGAGCGCAUGAACAUUCUUGUUCGGAUGGUGCUAAAAAAAAUAAAGCAGUGCCUGGGAAUGAGGCAGACAACAGUCUCCAUGAAAAAUAUGGUUGUGGUUGGUUUUCUCUCAUGUAUGGGGACAUUAGGCAUUGGGGCAGCUGCCUUUUCCUAUUUUGAAGGCUGGACUUUCUUCCAUGCCUUUUACUAUUGCUUCAUAACAUUGACCACCAUUGGAUUUGGAGAUUUUGUUGCCCUGCAGAAACAUGAAGCUUUGCAGAAGAAGCCCCCCUAUGUAGCAUUCAGCUUUAUGUAUAUCCUAGUGGGCUUGACAGUGAUUGGGGCCUUUCUUAACUUAGUAGUCUUUAGAUUUUUGAUCAUGAACUCAGAAGAUGAGCGUCGGGAUGAAGAAGAGAAGGCAUCUUUAAGGAGAGCCAGAAAUUACAUCAACUUGAAACCCAGGGAAGAUAGCAGAAGUACAAAUGAGAUCUUGCUCCCUGUAGAAGACAGGACCAGUCAGAUGAACCUCAUCCCAUUGAUCCAUGAUGAUGCUGAGCGACAGAGGGGCAAAUCCUUGGUUUCUACUACAAAAGUCCCUUCCUUUUGUACAUGCCUAUGUUACAGGCCGCGGAUGAGCAGAAGCCCAGAUCCUCCCCAUCCUGAACCCUUCAACUGUCAUACAAAUCUGGUUUAUUAUAACUCAAUUUCUUACAAAAUCAUGGAAGUCUCCCUGGGUGGUAAGGAUCACACUGGCUUGUCUUCCCCUGGCAGUACUUUGUCAUCUGAUAGUCCCAGUUGCCGAGGGCAUUCCAGAGUCCGGAGAAAGUCUAUUUGAAAGCAUACAUGCUCUUUUGAACUUCUUUGUUUUUGUUUUAAUUUUUACUCGGGCCUGUGUCCUGCUACUGAACAUGCGUUUUGAUGAUAAAUUGUGAAUUGAAUUGUCA